AUGUCACUCAAAACUGCAAAAGAUUUGACUGCUGGAACGGCUGGUGGUAUUGCUCAGGUUCUCGUCGGGCAACCAUUUGACAUUGUCAAAGUCCGGAUGCAAACGUCGGCGAAAGGAACUUAUAAUGGCAUGAUGCAUUGUGCGGGAGGUAUCCUGAAGAACGAAGGGCCUCUCGCCUUUUACAAGGGAACCCUGACACCUCUUCUCGGUAUCGGUGUCUGCGUUUCCAUCCAAUUCGGGGUAAUCGAAUAUAUGAAACGAUUUUUCGCUUCACAAAACGUGCGGAACGGCAUAGGUGGCCCUGGUGGACACGGCCUCAGUGGUGACCAACUUCUCCUCUCUGGUAUCGCCGCUGGUGUUGCCAACGGUUUCGUCUCCGGGCCAGUCGAACAUAUUCGUAUUCGACUUCAGACCCAAAAAGUCAAGAACUUCCCUUACAACGGACCUUUUGACGCGAUCAAGAAGAUAUAUUCAGCCCAUGGUAUUGGUGGCAUCUUCAAGGGCCAGGGAGUCACCUUCCUUCGUGAAGCAACAGGCUAUGGUGUUUAUUUCCUUGCCUAUGAGAAGCUCAUUCAACGCGAAAUUGCGAAGAAGGGUAUUCGACGCGAUCAAAUUAAUCCUAUCAACGCGGUCGUUUAUGGAGCUGCAGCUGGCUAUGCGCUGUGGGCCGUGAUAUACCCAAUAGAUAUGAUUAAGUCUCGCAUGCAGACCGACGGGUUCUCCCCGGAGACUGGACGUAAAUACAAGAACGCUCUCGACUGUGUUCGUCAAGUGUGGCGAGCAGACGGUAUAAGGGCUUUCGGUCGUGGACUAGGACCAACGCUCAUUCGUUCGCCUUUCGCCAACGGUGCUACGUUCCUCGGCUUUGAGAUGGCUAAUCGUAUCCUAAAUCCCUCAUAA